ACAAAUAUAAAUAGAUCAAUAAGUGUUCUGAAAUGUCCACUACCCGUUCACAGCUCAGCUCAACAGUGCACUCUUUCUGGAAGCCAGCGUCGCACAAGUUGAUGACGGAAAACUUACGCGACUCAGAGGAAGUCAGGAACUAACUUCGCCAACUUGCAGGCUUCUAGGUUAGCGCUGGCAAUGGGGGACAUGAAGACCCCAGAUUUUGAUGAUUUGCUGGCGGCUUUUGACAUUCCUGACAUUGAUGCAAAAGAUGCCAUUCAGUCUGAUCCGGAAGAGCAACGGGAUGAGGUGGGAACUAACAAAAAUGGGACUCCGUGCUUUCCUGGCUCGACAGCCCCUCAGACUGAGCUCCCUGUGGUUAGCGUCAUUGUGAAAAACAAGGUGCGGCCAGAAUCUUUUGAGGAGGAGGAGAAGUCUGUCAGGAAUGCGACAGACAAUCCUUUAAGCAGCGACUUGGUUUCUAAAGUUCCUUUAAAGUUGGAUCACGCUACAACUCAGCUUGGUCACCAAAUGACUGCCAAUGCCACCAUGGAACAAGAGGGCGCUAAUGGGUUGGUAAAGGCUGUCCCCAGCAAUCAGGAGCAGCCUUGCACAGACUCAUGGCCCCAUCCCUCACCUUUCAGAUCCACACUGAUUGAUAAUGAGGGUCAUAAAGAAGCCACGUCUGGAUCUAUUCAGCAUAAUCCUGAUGUCAUCAACAGUUUACGGCCCCUCCUCUAUCCACAGUCUUCGACUGCCACCGGUUCCACCUCAUCAUCACCUCCCUCUCCACCCUCAAUUAGCCCUCACAUUUCACCUCACUCCCCACAAAGCGAUAAAGCCAAUCCAUCAUCGCCCCCUUCAACACAAAAUGGGAGUGUUAAAAACAACAUCAAGCAUGUUUUAGAUACAGAUGAUGAUUCUGAGCCAGACUUCGGAAGUCCACUGGUGAUCCAGGAGAGUCCUGAAUCUCCGACUUCCCCCCAUCCCAAAUUAAUAAAAAGAGCAAAAUUGCAUUCUGACCUUAACAGGUCGUCUGAAGACACUUCCAGUUUUGAUCCUUGCAAUCUCUCGUUUACGUCGGCCCCAGCACAGCGUGAACCUCAACGUGAGGAGGAUAGGCAACCCACUGCUCCCAGCCUGCCCAUCUCAGCGCCACGGCUCCACAGCCCCUCUGCCGACACGAGCUCUGCAAGUGUUCAAGAGGAGAAAUAUCCAGAGCAUGUGGAUAAUGAGCCCAGUCCGACAGGUCCUGUGUUCAACAACAGAAACAGCAGCUCAGAUUUCACCUCAGCUCCAGCUUCAGAUCCCAAGGAGUUCCAUCACCAAAAGGAGCUCAUGGAAGUCGAGCGCAGUCACAAGGACCAGCCGGGGGACUCUGAAGAACUGGGUGAGAAGGCAGAUGGUGACGGGGACAAGUCAAAUGAGGAGAACUGCGAUGACACCAGGUCAGCCAGCGCUGCCGGGGCGAUCUCAUCUCCUAUCCGACCGCUCAAAGUGAAAAUCAAAAUGCCAACUGGCAGCAUCACAAGGACUGUGACCGGUGGGACAUAUAAAAGAGUGGGAAAAGCAAAGGAUGGGGAUAGCUCAAAACCCUCACCAGAGCUUCUUGACACGAGGCCCAAAAGGGAAUCGCAGCAAUCUGGGCUGCCUACGGGUGCCAGGACGGCCAAAGAGAAAACUUCUGCCGAGGCCAAGCCCAAAGUUUCUCCCACUGCAGUGAGCAUCACAAAAAGCGCAGCACUCCCUUCAGUUUCCUCCCCCAAGGGCGGCCCGGGCGCAGUCAACCUCCGCAGCCUGGGUCAAAAAACCCUCCACAGUGGCAUGAGCCUGCCAACACCUCUCCCCUUUUUCCCCCCUCAAACCAGCAGCAGGCCUGCUUCCAUAGUCAACAGCACCGGGGCGAUCAUUUCAAAGAGUCAGACCAACCUGGUAGAAACCUUCAACAAGAUCCUCAACAACAAGAACCUGCUGCCCAGUUACAAACCCGACCUGAGCUCCCCUCUUCCUGCUGAAUGGGGCAUUUCUCUCCCCUCACAGGGUUACCGCUGCCUGGAGUGUGGCGAUGCUUUUGCCCUGGAGCAGAGUUUGGCGCAGCACUACGACCGGCGCUCUCUGAGGAUCGAGGUGACCUGUAACCACUGUGCGAAGCGGCUGGCCUUCUUCAACAAGUGCAGCCUGCUCCUGCACGCCCGAGAGCACAAGGAGAAAGGCCUGAUCAUGCAGUGCUCACACCUGGUGAUGAAACCUGUCCCGGUGGAGCUGAUGAUCAGCCAGCAAGAGCCAGCAGCGGCAGGCCACAGCACUCAAAAGUCGGCAUCCCAGGCUCAUCCCACAGGAGCCGUGAAGAAAGAGGCAGAGGCAGUGCAGCACACGAGUACCAAAUGUCCCGAGUGUCAGGCCCAGUUCUGCAGCAAGGAGGAAGUGUCUGACCAUUUCCAGGAAACCAGCCCUGCUCACAGCACCUCGUGUACGGAGUGCUCUCCUCCCAUGCUCCUCCCCAACGGCUGCAGUGCGGCGGCGCAUCAGCGCCUCCACCAGGGCUGCCCCCCCCACGUGUGCCCGGAGUGCGGAGGCACGGCCAAACAGCCGCAGCUGGACAAACACAUGCGGAAGGCCUGCCUGCACUUUUCCCGCCGCAUCGGUUACAGAUGCUCCAGUUGCCUGGUGGUGUUCGGGGGCCUGAACUCCGUCAAGUCUCACAUCCAGCAGGCCCACUGCGACAUGUUCCACAAGUGCCCCAGCUGCCCCAUGGCCUUCAAAUCGGCCCCCAGCAUCCAGAGCCACAUCUCAGCUCAGCACCCGGCGCUCACCGAUGCACAGACCAUGCUGAUUUAUAAAUGUGUCAUGUGUGACACGGUUUUUACCCACAAGCCCCUGCUCUACGCGCACUUUGACACUCAUCUAAUCAAUCAGAAGGUGCAUGUGUUUAAAUGCCCCGAAUGCACCAAGCUCUUCUCUCAGAGGACUUCCCUGCUGGACCAUUUCAAGACCCACAAAACCAGCACAUCAAAGGAAGAUCUGCUUUCCCCCCCUGUGGCCACCAAGCGUUUACCUGUAAAGUUUGACAGCUCAGAAGGAGAAGAGCUGCUGGAUAAAACUAAAGAAGAGAAAGUAAAGGCCGAGAGGAUGAAGACCCCAUCCAAGUGGAAGUGUCUAUCAUGCAACACACAAUAUACAGAACGGGAGGACUACAUUGCUCAUAUGAGCCAGCAGCACAGCAAGGUCCAGCCUCCUACAGUCACAGAAGCCCCACAUCCAAACACACUCUGCUGCCAACGAAAAGCUGUAACCACGUGCCUGUUUUGUUACGUUGUGCAGAUUCUGAAGAAGUUUCCGUGCAACAAAUGUGAGAGUUCCUUCACCACCACCUCCAGUCUGAGGCGUCACAUCAGAGACAAGCACAAAGCCAUGAACCGAGGCUUCCGCUGCCAGUUUUGUUCAGAGAGCAAGAAAACGUUCAGCAGCAGAUCCAUGUUGGAGAGACACAUCCAGCUGCGGCACAGCCGGGGCAGCACCGGCCGGGACGCCCUGAGGGUGAGCGCCUCCCCGGGCCUUCAGUCUGACCGCCGGGCGUCCCUCCAGAGUGCCGUUAACCGUGGUUCUCUCUCCCUGUGGGCGCAGAGGGGGGAGGAGGCGGACAGCUCGUCGGAGCAGGACAGCAGCAGUCUGGGCGGGCGGCGCAGGCGGCGGGCGGCUGUGAAGGUGGAGCAGGAGGUGGAGCCCGUAGACGGAACGAGUCCGGCGAAGAGGCCCCGCCCCUCCUCAUCCUCGGCCGGCGCCCCGUGCCCUCUGCCGGAGGCCGGCUUCGUCUGCGCCCCCUGCGGCUUCACCACCGAGGACAAGCCCACCUUCCUGGAGCACAUCGGCCAGCACCGGCGGGGGGGCGCAGACGCCGGCGGCCCGCAGUGUCACCAGUGCGGCGCCUGCUUCGCUUCCGCCUCCUCCCUGUCCCGCCACCGCUUCAUCGCCCACAAGGUGAGAGACAGCUUCAGCAACAGCCCGCAGGCCCUCAGCGCGCACGCAGCGCCCUCCCCGGGGAACACCAAGAGCCUUGAGAAGAGGAGCUCUCUGAACGGCUCUGCACCGGCCUCACCCACCGGUCAGCCCUGCACAGGCCAGGGGAAAGAGGAGGAGGGGGCCCUGGCCUGUAAGGUGUGUGGCAAACACUUUGAAAGGGCAUCAGAUCUGAACACACACUUCAGAACUCACGGCAUGGCUUUCAUCAUCGCAAGGAACGCAGGAAAAAACGCUUAA